CCAAACUGUUUUAAUAAGUACAUAUUCUGAGAGAAUUAAAUUGCUUUGUUGGAAAGUAGAGGUGGGUGUCAGAUUAUUUGAUUUCAUUUUUACUGUGGGAAAGUGGUAGUUACUGAGUAGCUGGGAAAUACUCAGAAGAAUUACAUGAAAGAAAGUAACUUGUCAGUCUUUUAGGAUAUAUUUGGUUCAGUGUCGUCAGAAGGUAGUCUGCCCUCUCCCUGGAAUCAAGUUGCAAACGCUAUCCUCAGUAGUAAUUAGAGCUAAGCGGCAAUUACAGAACGUAUGAUUUGUUCAGACGCACGAUUUGUUCAGACGCACUGCCUGUCGGCUGUUUCCUAGCACCACAUUUCACAGGAGCACCAGGUUGAAAUGAUGGAAUUAUUUAUCUCUCAAUGUACUGCCUCGUACAGUGUUCGAAUGCAGAAGUGAACGUGGAUUGUAAUCUUAAAAACCAAGGCAGUACAUGCCAUUCUACUACCCUUCCUGCUCUUGUGCGCACACCUACCCUGAUGAUGCAGCCUUCACUGGAUAUCAAACCAUUUAUGUCUUUUCCAGUAGACAGUAAUUCUGCUGCUGUUGGGCUGUUUCCAAAUUUUAACACAAAAAGAAGAGGCUUAUUUGGGACCAAUAAAUUCUGCCAGAUGGAUCCUGUGCAAAAAGCAGUCAUUAACCACACAUUUGGAGUGUCCAUUCCCCCAAAGAAGAAACAAGUUAUUUCUUGUAAUGUCUGUCAGCUUCGCUUUAACUCGGAUAGCCAGGCCGAGGCCCACUACAAAGGAAGUAAACAUGCCAAGAAGGUCAAAGCACUAGAGGCAACGAAAAAUAAACCCAAAAUGGUUUCUUCCAAGGACAGCGCAAAGGCUAAUCCCAGCUGCUCCGCCACUCCAAUCACAGGCAACAACUCUGACAAAUCAGAAGAUAAAGGGAAGUUGAAAGUCAGCAGCUCCAGUCAGGCAUCAAGUUCUGAAGGUGGCUCAUUUCUCCUCAAACCGGGUACAACACCCCUGCCAUCCGGAGCAGCCACUUCUCCCUCCAAGAGCACAAACGGAGCUCCUGGUACUGUUUCUGAAUCAGAAGAAGAAAAAGCCAAAAAAUUACUUUAUUGUUCACUAUGCAAAGUGGCUGUGAACUCCCUGUCACAGCUAGAGGCACACAACACAGGAUCUAAACACAAGACCAUGGUUGAAGCUCGUAAUGGGGCUGGUCCAAUUAAGUCCUAUCCUAGACCUGGAUCAAGAUUAAAGAUGCAGAAUGGCAGUAAGGGGUCAGGACUACAGAACAAGACAUUUCAUUGUGAAAUCUGUGAUGUUCACGUUAAUUCAGAAAUUCAGCUCAAACAGCACAUUUCUAGCAGAAGGCAUAAGGAUCGAGUUGCAGGGAAACCACUGAAGCCGAAGUACAGCCCUUACAAUAAACUCCAGCGGAGCCCGAGCAUUUUAGCAUGCCCAGGGGCAAGGACCACCAGAAAAGAGUUGAAAUGGAAACAAAUCAAAGAAAAGGCAAAACUUGCAUUCCAGAAGGAUAUGAUGAAGCCUUUGGCCCCGGCCUUCCUGUCCUCACCCCUGGCGGCAGCGGCGGCAGUGUCCUCUGCGCUGUCACUGCCACCCCGGCCGUCGGCCUCGCUCUUCCAGGCUCCAGCCAUCCCUCCAGCUCUGCUGAGGCCCGGCCACGGCCCCAUCCGCGCCACUCCCGCCUCCAUCCUCUUCGCCCCGUACUAAUGUCUGCAAGCCCCCAGACUGUUGAGGCCAGUAGGAAAGUAGAGCAGGAAAGCCAAAAGGAUUCAGCAGUUUGAGCAUUUGUUGUUGCAGUGUCCCACCCAACUGCAAAAGGCAGCGUACCACCUGAGCCCCAACUCCAAAGAGUAAGUCGCUAGAUUCAAGAGUGCUUUUAGGGGCCGCUCCUAUAAUUUCAGAAUCUGAACAGCAGAAGCUUUAUCUCCCUAGUCCCUCCCCCUGCCCUGCCCCAUACAAUUCGUGUAUCUGAGAUGUUUAGUUUCUUGCAAAUGUAUUGGUCAGAAAAAAAAAAUAUAUAUAUAUAUAUACAUAUAUAUACAUAUAUAUCAUUUUCUGACUAUUUUUCCGUGGGUGUGAUCUGGCUUAGAAACAAUAUGGAAUACUUUCCUGACAGACUUGAAAACUAGGGUCUUCCUCACACGUCUGUAAAUAAUCCUGGAAUCCAACUGGGCACAUUCUAGUGUGGAACAAAAAUAGAUGAACACAAGUGCUUACUGUGGAUACCAUCUUACCAACGGAUCACAGCGUUUUUCUUUUUGGUGUACUAUUGUUGACAGGGAUUGUGUACUGUUUUAGACCCAAGUACUGUUGUAUCCUGUGUAGUACUAGAUCUGUAUCUCUUGUCUGAAUUAAACAUUUUUAGUUGCUGUGUAAAUGUUAGGAAGCAAAGUAGCUUUGAAUUUUCUCUUUAAGAGAACAAAAGAUAACGUAUUUUCUUUAUUUUACAUUUUAUUUGGUGAUAUUUAAACGAAAUAGAAAGCCAUAUAACAUAGCUCUAAUUACUACCUGUCUGCUAUUUUUGUUUAACUUAUUUUGUAGCCUCCUCAGCAGUUUGAGUUGCUAAGCAAAUGUAUACAAACAGAAAAAGAGCUUCCUAAAUUGCACAUUGUUGCACCUCUUGUGUGUUCAGCAAGAAGACAAUGAAUCCAUGUAUUUCUACAUCAUUAUCUUCUUCAUUUUUAACCUGUUUUCAUUUGUAAUGAUGCUACAUAAUUUUGUGGCUCCCUAAUGCAAUAAUGUACAGAAGAUUAAAAAAUUUAUAAUUGAACAAUCUGUCUUUCUGUUCACUGAAUCUGUUGCAGGUCAUGCUCCCAUGCCCCCGUUUCUAAGCUGAUAUCAACAGGACUGGAAUGUUUGUCAUAUCAGGGGCAAGAGGUAUAAGACAGCAAAAUAGAGUGAACUCUUUUAGAGCAUCUAUAUCUGCAAUCUGUAAAUGGUAAAAUGUCUGUGUAUUUUUUUAAAUGUACCUUUUCAAUAAAAGUACAAAAAAUAAAAA